AUUCAGCAUCGUUGAGUUCGAUGACAACUGACAUAGCUCUUACACACAGUGAGUGAGAACUGAGGAGAAGAAAUGGUCGGGCCGGGUCGACCACAGUUCGUGUUAUUCGGGUCAUCCAUUGUUCAGCAGAGUUUUAUCGAUGGAGGAUGGGGAGCUAUUCUUGCCGAUCUCUACGAUCGCAAGGCAGACAUAUUUCUGCGAGGAUAUUCCGGGUGGAAUUCGAGGCGCGCUCUUCAAGUUCUGCACCAAGUUUUCCCAAGGGACGCGGAUAUUCAGCCGUCUCUGGUGAUUGUAUAUUUCGGUGGCAAUGAUGCAAUGCACCCUCACCCUAGUGGCUUAGGUGCUCAUGUUCCUUUACGUGAAUAUAUCGAAAACAUGAAAAAGAUUUAUCUUCAUCUCAAGAGUCUUUCGGAGAACACGAGGAUAAUUUUUCUCACUUCUCCUCCUCUGAACGUGGCAAUGAUUCGUGAACAUUUCGGUAAUGCACACGAUAAUCAAAUUCGCACAAACGAAUCAUGUGGUGUGUACGCUGAUGCUUUAGUGGACUUUUGCCGACAAUCGGAUAUUAAAGUCAUCAACCUUUGGAAAGCGAUUCAGCAAAGAGAAGAUUGGGCAACAGCUUGUUUGACAGAUGGAAUCCAUUUUUCGCGAGAAGGGAGCGAAAUUGUAGUGAAGGAGAUAUUGAAGGUUAUAAAAGAGGCUGGUUGGGAACCGAGCCUUUAUUGGACAACAAUGCCAAAUGAAUUUGCCGAAGAUUCGCCUUAUUACAUGGUCCGCAGUGAUGGUAAAACCACCUUCAAUGUCUCUAAUGGAAUUUCUCGAUGGAAAAUCAAGUGGACGGGUAAUGAAAUUAAGUCAAAGCUUUGACCUUUAGUUCUACUUCUCCCUAAACUAUGUCUUGUACACAUAAAUUGAAAGCUGAAUUGUAUGGUUAAUUUGGUCUGAACGGUUCAUGUAAUCAACUUUCGAAUAUAUGUUUAUUGGUAACUAUUUAUUUUACACAUAUC